CACUGACAUGAUGCGAUAUCAUGGCUUCACACAUUUUUCUCUUUGCUCUUAUUGCUACUGCUGCUGGAUGUGGAACCCCAUCCAUCCAGCCGGAAGUAUCCAGAGUAGUCAACGGAGUUGAUGCCCGUCCCAACAGCUGGCCCUGGCAGAUUUCACUGCAGUAUGAAAGGGACGCUGUGUUUAGACACACUUGUGGAGGAUCCCUCAUCGCUACCAACUGGGUCAUGACUGCUGCUCAUUGCAUUGAUAUGAAGCUGAACUACCGUGUGGUUGUUGGCAAGCACAACCUCAAGGAGGCUGAGCCCACUGCCAAGGCCUAUCGUCCUACCAAAAUCAUUGUACACAGGCAAUGGAACCCUAUUCUGCUGUCUGUGGGCAAUGACAUUGCUAUGAUCAAGCUUUCCGAGCAUGUGACCUUGACGGACCAGGUCCAACUAGCCUGUAUACCUGCCCCUGACACCAUUCUGGCACAGAACUACCCCUGCUACAUCACUGGCUGGGGAAGACUCUCCACUGGAGGUCCAAUCUCUGACACUCUGCAGCAAGCUCUUAUGCCCGUGGUGGAUCAUGAGACAUGCACACAGAACGACUGGUGGGGUGUGUCGAUUCGCAGAUCUAUGGUGUGUGCUGGUGGCGAUGGUGUUGUUGGUGGCUGCAAUGGUGAUUCUGGUGGACCCCUGAACUGUAAGAACCCUGAGGGAGUGUGGGAGGUUCAUGGCAUUGCUAGCUUUGUGUCUGGCCUGGGAUGCAACUAUGUGAAGAAGCCAACUGUUUUCACCAGAGUGUCUGACUUCAAUGAGUGGAUUGAUAAGACGAUGAUGGACAACUGACAAACUGAGCAAAUGUGUUCAGAUAAAACUUCUGACAAAAUGUGUCUUUUAAUGGAGCACAGUACUCAUCAUUUAUUGGUGCAGUAUUUUCAAUAAAUUACAUUUAUUA